AUGAAUGGAGAAGAAAACUCAGAUUCCAUCCCUAUCGAUCUCAUUCUUGAGAUACUCUCGAGAUUGCCUGCAAAGUCAAUCACUAGGUUUCAUUGCGUCUCAAAGCUAUGGGGUUCCAUGCUUUGCCGUCCAUAUUUCAACGAGUUGUUCUUGACCAUAUCGUCAGCUCGUCCACGUCUCUUAUUUGCCUUUUCAAAACACGGUGAGUGGAGGUUUUUCUCGUCGCCUCAGCCUCAGAAUCCAUAUGGGAAGUCAUCUUUUGUAGCAACUGCGGAUUUUCAUACGAAGUUCUCUCAAAACCUAAACAUUUGUAACUAUACUUCUGGUUUGGUAUAUUUCUCUGCUAUGUGGAUCACAAAGGCAGAUGUCAUAUGUAACCCUAGCACGGGACAUUAUGCGAUGUUACCUAAAUUGUUGUUGACGUAUGGAGAGACGAGAAGCUUUUUUUUGUUUGAUCCGGUUGGCAAGCAAUUCAAGGUAUUGCUCAUGAAUAAGAUAAACAAUAAUGAAACAAAGGACAUUCAUAUUUUGACAUUGGGAACUAGAAAAGUGAGAUGGAGGAAGAUCCAACAAUGCCCCUUGAUCCAUAUUGUUUCGCAUGAAUGGAUAUGCAUCAAUGGGGCUUUGUAUUACAUAGCUUAUAACAUUGAUGAUUUCUUGGGGUAUAUAGUUUGCUUUGAUGUCAGGUCCGAGAAAUUCAAAUGUCUAAAUCUAAACCAAGACUGUUUUUCUGAACGAUCUACUAAAUUGAUAUACUAUAAAGGUAAAUUAGGUGUGGUUAAUUUGAAGUAUGCUCAUGGCGGUGGAUUUCCCCUUAAGUUAUGUAUGUGGGUUCUAGAGGAUGUGGAGAAACAGGAAUGGACAACAUCUGUGUACACUUUGAGGGAUGAGGAUAGAGUCGUUAAGGUUUACUACGAUCUUUUUAUUGUUGGGAUAACUGCUACAGGUGAAAUUGUUUUGGCGAAGAAAAAGGUAUGUAAGCCGUUUUAUGUCUUCUACUUUAAUCUCGAAAGGAACACUCUCCUAAGUGUUGAAAUCCAAGGUUUUGGAGAAUACCAAAGCUGUUGUAGUGUUCACGCCUUUGUAGACCAUGUAGAGGAUCUUAAUGUUUACGCCUUUGUAGAACAUAUGAAGAAAACAUAUGAAUAUGAUGCAACAUCAAUAAGCCCAUCAGAACAGAAGCUUUAA